AUGGUGUCUCCUCUGACGCCCUACCUCAAGACACUGACAGACCCGCAUUCGAGCCUCAACGAGGGCGACAUCCGCACAUGUCUGCACAUCAUAUUCACGAAUGACAUUUCGCCAGUGCAGGUCUCGGCGUUCCUGAUCGGCUUGCGCGCGCGGGGACUUGACCGGGAUCCGCAGGUGAUUGCGGCGGCGGUGAGCGCGAUGAAGGAGUUUUCGCUGUCGGUGAAUGUGGAGAGUAAUGGCUACGUCGAUAUCGUUGGAACCGGUGGAGAUGGUAAGGAUACGUUUAAUGUGUCGACGACGUCGGGGUUGGUUUGUGCUGGUAUGGGUUUGCGGAUCUGUAAGCACGGCAAUAGAGCGGCAACUUCGUCCUCAGGCGCCGCUGAUGUACUGGCCUCUCUCGGCUGCUCAGUGCAAUCAGUAACCUCCUUCACCGCCCCUCAAGUCCUGCGAGACUCUCCCUUCUGCUUCCUGUUCGCGCCAGUGUACCACCCGAUCAUGGGCAAGAUCGCCCCAAUUCGCAAAGCGCUCGGUGUCCCCACGAUCUUCAACUGUCUCGGCCCGCUGCUCAACCCGGCGCCAAUCUCCUCACGUAUAAUUGGCGUCAAUACACCAGACCUCGGACCGAUCUUUGCGCAGUCUAUUAUCCUGCUCGACAAGAAAGCCGGCACGACGUCGUCGUCGAUGGUCGUGUGGGGUGAGGAAGGUCUCGAUGAGAUCUCUCCUGCUGGUACUACUCGUAUCUGGAGAGUCCUCCCUGGCAGCGAGGAAAUCGUCGAAAGCGUAAUCUCGCCCGCCGAUUUCGGCCUGUCGACGCAUCCGCUCGAAGACGUCGCAUCAGGCACGCCAGAGGAGAACUCGGAAAUGGUCAGGAAACUUGUCGGCGGAGAGCUACCAGAGGGACAUCCUAUCCUAGACUACGUUUUGUUGAACGCCGGUGCGCUUUCUGUGGUGGCUGGCAAGGCUAAGGACUGGAAGGAGGGAGUCGAGCUUGCGCGCAAGAGCAUCAACGAGGGUGGAGCGAAGAAGGCGCUCGAGGCGUUUGUUAGCGCUACGGCGAAGGCGAGUGCUACUAUUGAGGCUUCUGAGGCUUCGUAG